UCAAACUUUUUAUUUUUUUAACAAUGCAGGAUAAUACUGGCAAACAGGUAAAAACACAGAUUCAGGUUAGGACAAUGGAAAUUUACCUUAUAUAUGUGAAAGGUAUUUUCCUUGCUAUAGAAGACUAAAUAAUGUGAAUUCAAGAUAGUGAUGAUGAAACAUUUUUCUUGUCUCAGUAAGGAGAUGGUGAACUAGAGGUGAGAAAUGAUAAAUUUUUAGAUCUGAUCAAUGUGCUACUUUGAUAUACUUGAGUGUUUUUUGUAAAAAGUGAGUUAAUCCAAUAUGUGGGAGGUGGUGGUGGUGGUGGGUGGGUAGGGGCAAUGAGUCAGUGGGAAAUGACCGUGAUCUUAAAAAAAAAAAGAAAAAAAUAUUAAGGGAAUGGAUAUGUAGGCCUCAUUCCUUUGACUUUCUUCUUUUCAUAGCUACUAUAUCUAGUUUUUUGGAAUAGCAAUAGCAUUAUUUGUAGCCUAUUAAUAUAAUCGCCAGUGAUAGGAAUCAAGCCUGUUUCUCUGGUGGGCUCUGUAAUUCCUUUCUCUUGGGUGAAGGUGGAGAUGUCAAAGGAAGAAGCAAGUACAGGUCCCAGGCAUCUCCCCUGCCCUCAAUAUAGCAAAGGUUUUAUUUUUCAGUUUGACAAUGAAGAUGCAUUAUCUAAAUUUCUGGUUUGCUCUUGAAUGAGCUGGUUUUCUUUAUAACUUGAACCACUCACUAUAUUUGAAAAAGACAACAACCUCCCCCCAUAACCCCCCAGUUUAAGCUUUAACAGGGCAGGGCAUAUGUCUUUUCUCUUUUCCUUUCAGCUAGAGACAAUGCCAGGCACACAGUGGGCACUCAGCAGCAAAUGUUUGUUGAAAUUGUUGAUACUAUAGUCUGAAAACAACAAUAAUUACUGUGACUAUUAUUGUCAUUAUUUCCACUGUUUGCAAACGGCUGCAGGCAUUUGUUUUAAUCCCUUUGUAUUUUGAAGGCUGUACUAACUUCAGAUUCUGGGGGAAUUAUUUGACUGUUGUCCCGGUACAAAAAUAUGUAGGUAUCUCUACAGUGUUUUAGAGUUAGGGGCACCUUACGUGUCUUUUCCUUAGCCCCAACUUCCAAAUAAGAUUGCGCUCCAUAUUUGGGGGGAGGGGUGGACAUGGGUGUGGAAGGGAGGCCAAGGAGGUGGAGAAUUUGUUGCAAUUACACAAUCAUACAAGUAUUACUCUGAAACUACUACACACACUUGCUAGGAAAUUACACUGGGUUGGCUGCCUGUCCUGUGAAUUAAACAAAGGGAGAGUAAAAAAUUCUGGCCAUUGAAUGCCUUCUGGCAUCCAGACAAGUUAAAAGUGCUGGUGACUCUUCUGGGAUCUGACCCAGAAACCAAGGGGGAAUCAUUAAAAGGUUUGUGGGGUGUGUGUGUGGGGGGGGGGGCGGGGGAGAUGGGAAAAGUGUAUGUGGUGUUUAUCUCCGAUGUGAGCCCCAGGAAAAGAUAACCUUCCUAGUAGAGGCAUGCACCUAUAGCAGUCUGCAAGCCUCCGUGGGCAUAAGAUGGGGGAACAGAAGAGGAAUGCCAGCUGCCACAAGGAAGCCUGGGAAGGAGGGGUACCUGAUUUGUGUGCGCGGAAGGGAGGAGAACCGCUUUGGGAAAGGGGCCACUUUGGCACACAGACGAGCUGAGCGCAGCGGGAAGGCAGCUUAGCUGAGGCAGAGUGAGGGAGAAAGGAAGGACGCCCUUAUGCUGGAGCAGAGGGUACGCCUACUUCCCAGGUUGGGGUCAGCGGCCAACAGUACGCGUGCCUGGGCGCGUGGAUCUGUAUAUGUGUAUGGGGGGGAGGUGGGGGCGGAGGCGGGGGAGGUUGCUUUCGCCUCUAUCAAAGUCUGCUAGGGCGCCCGGGAGGGAGCUGGAUGCGAAUUUGCCGGAUGCGAGCAGCAGGCGGCAGCCUUGGCCUUGCCUUGAACAGGCCGGCGGAGCCGGGUGAUGUCAGUAGUGGCUGGGCUGGCAGCAGUCUGUACUUCCUGUAUAAAGGAAGGCUCGUCUGCAACCACCACUAGCCAGUCCUAGCUUCUUUUGACGGAGCAGCCGCCGCCGCCACCGAAGAAACAGCAGCAGCUGUAGCUGUAGCAGCAGCAGCAGCAGCAGCAGCAGCAGCAGCAGCAGCAGUAAUAGCAGGAUUGUCAAAUUCGGGAGACAGCUUUACCCCGCUCCCGGGCUAAUUCUUUCCGCUUCCCCGGAUCCUGGCUUGACAUCUCUGGACCCAGGAGCUGCAUGAGUGUGCGUGCAAAAACAGCGGAAGAAUGGCAGUCCUCAAACUCACCGACCAGCCCCCGCUGGUCCAAGCAAUUUUCAGUGGUGAUCCAGAAGAGAUACGAAUGUUGAUCUAUAAAACAGAAGAUGUAAAUGCCCUGGAUUCUGAGAAGCGAACUCCACUUCAUGUUGCAGCUUUUCUGGGAGAUGCAGAAAUCAUUGAACUCCUAAUUCUUUCAGGGGCUCGUGUAAAUGCCAAGGACAACAUGUGGCUGACUCCACUCCACCGAGCUGUUGCCUCCCGGAGCGAGGAAGCCGUACAAGUUUUGAUUAAGCACUCAGCUGAUGUCAAUGCUCGGGAUAAGAACUGGCAGACUCCUCUCCAUGUGGCUGCGGCAAAUAAAGCUGUUAAGUGUGCCGAAGUCAUCAUCCCACUGCUAAGCAGCGUCAAUGUCUCAGACAGAGGGGGCCGGACAGCCUUACACCAUGCAGCUCUGAAUGGCCAUGUAGAGAUGGUCAAUUUGCUCUUGGCUAAAGGAGCAAACAUCAAUGCAUUUGACAAGAAGGACAGGCGAGCUCUUCACUGGGCAGCGUAUAUGGGUCACCUGGAAGUGGUGGCACUGCUUAUUAACCAUGGUGCAGAAGUCACAUGCAAGGAUAAGAAAGGUUACACCCCACUGCAUGCCGCAGCCUCCAAUGGGCAAGUAAAUGUGGUUAAACACCUCCUCAAUCUAGGGGUGGAGAUUGAUGAAAUCAAUGUCUAUGGAAACACAGCACUUCAUAUCGCCUGUUAUAAUGGACAAGAUGCUGUAGUCAAUGAGCUGAUUGACUAUGGUGCUAAUGUGAACCAGCCCAACACCAGUGGAUUCACCCCUCUGCAUUUUGCCGCUGCCUCUACUCAUGGUGCUCUCUGUCUCGAACUGUUAGUAAAUAAUGGGGCAGAUGUGAAUGUUCAGAGUAAAGAUGGAAAGAGUCCGCUGCACAUGACAGCUGUCCAUGGAAGGUUCACACGAUCACAAACCCUCAUUCAGAAUGGAGGCGAAAUUGAUUGUGUGGAUAAGGAUGGCAACACUCCUCUCCAUGUGGCUGCAAGAUAUGGACAUGAGCUUUUGAUUAACACCUUAAUAACCAGUGGAGCUGACACAGCCAAAUGCGGUAUCCACAGCAUGUUUCCCUUACAUUUAGCAGCAUUGAAUGCCCACUCUGACUGUUGUAGGAAGUUGUUAUCUUCAGGACAAAAGUAUAGCAUAGUGUCCUUGUUUAGUAAUGAGCACGUGCUGUCUGCAGGCUUUGAAAUAGACACACCAGAUAAAUUUGGAAGAACCUGCCUUCAUGCUGCUGCCGCAGGAGGUAAUGUGGAAUGUAUAAAACUCUUGCAGAGCAGUGGAGCAGAUUUCAGUAAGAAGGAUAAAUGUGGAAGGACACCUUUGCAUUAUGCAGCUGCGAAUUGUCAUUUCCACUGUAUUGAGACAUUAGUGAACACUGGGGCCAACAUUAAUGAGAUGGAUGACUGGGGACGAACGCCUUUACACUAUGCUGCAGCUUCAGACAUGGAUAGAAAAAGAAGGAAUAUUUUGGGGAACACUCAUGAAAAUGCAGAAGAACUUGAAAGAGCCAGCGAGCUUAAGGAAAAGGAAGCUGCCUCGUGUCUGGAAUUUCUACUUCAGAAUGAUGCAAACCCAUCAAUUCGGGACAAAGAAGGUUACAACACUGUGCAUUAUGCUGCAGCCUAUGGUCACCGGCAAUGUCUGGAGUUGAUUGGAAGCAAAAUUCCACUGGAUAUACUUUUGGAGAGAACCAACAACAGUUUCGAGGAAUCAGAUUCCAGUGCCACGAAGAGCCCACUGCACUUAGCUGCAUACAAUGGCCAUCAUCAAGCCUUGGAAGUACUUCUGCAAUCCCUUGUAGACCUGGAUAUCAGGGAUGAGAAAGGUCGAACAGCUCUAGACCUCGCUGCCUUUAAAGGACAUGCAGAAUGUGUUGAAGCGCUUAUCAAUCAAGGAGCAUCCAUCUUUGUGAAAGACAACGUAACCAAAAGAACCCCACUUCAUGCCUCAGUCAUUAAUGGUCAUACACUGUGUUUACGGCUAUUACUAGAAAUCGCAGACAACCCAGAAAUAGUUGAUGUGACAGAUGCCAAAGGACAGACCCCGCUGAUGCUAGCUGUUGCCUAUGGACAUAUUGAUGCUGUUUCUUUGUUACUUGAAAAAGAAGCAAAUGUAGAUGCCGUUGACCUCAUGGGAUGCACAGCUUUACACAGAGGGAUCAUGACUGGGCAUGAGGAAUGUGUACAAAUGCUUUUGGAACAGGAAGUCUCCAUUCUGUGUAGAGAUUUCCGAGGAAGGACACCCCUUCACUUCGCAGCAGCCCGUGGUCAUGCCACAUGGCUAAGUGAGUUAUUGCAGAUGGCACUUUCAGAGGAAGAUUGCUGUUUUAAAGAUAACCAAGGUUAUACUCCAUUGCACUGGGCUUGUUAUAAUGGUAAUGAAAACUGUAUAGAGGUACUUUUGGAACAAAAAUGUUUUCGUAAAUUUAAUGGUAAUCCCUUCACUCCAUUGCACUGUGCUGUAAUUAAUGACCAUGAAAAUUGUGCAUCACUGCUUAUUGGGGCCAUAGAUGCCAGCAUUGUCCAUUGUAGAGAUGACAAGGGGCGAACCCCGCUUCAUGCUGCAGCUUUUGCUGAUCACGUGGAAUGCUUACAGCUUCUUUUAAGCCACAAUGCACAAGUGAAUGCUGCAGAUAAUUCAGGGAAAACACCACUGAUGAUGGCAGCUGAGAAUGGACAAGCAGGUGCUGUAGAUCUUUUGGUAAACAGUGCCAAGGCUGAUCUAACUGUAAAGGAUAAGGAUUUGAAUACGCCCUUACAUUUGGCUUGUAGUAAAGGUCAUGAAAAAUGUGCCUUGUUAAUACUUGACAAGAUACAAGAACAGAGCCUUAUUAAUGCAACAAAUAAUACAUUGCAGACACCUCUCCAUAUUGCUGCACGGAAUGGCUUGAAGAUGGUGGUUGAGGAGCUGCUAGCGAAGGGAGCCUGUGUCCUUGCUUUAGAUGAAAAUGGUAUUGGAAUUAGCAGCGCAUGCAUAUUUCUCAGAAGUCAUACCCCAGCCCUGGCUUGCGCUCCUAACAAGGACGUGGCUGACUGCCUGGCACUCAUUUUGGCUACCAUGAUGCCUUUUUCUCCUUCCAGUACAAUGACGGCUUUCAACUUCGUUUGUUUUAAAAAAGACCAUUUGAGCAGGACACAGAUCUGCGAUGGCACCAAUCUGAGUGGCACCAUUAGCUCUUGCUCUCACAAUAUAGGAUCAGAGGACGGGUACAAUGAAAAUGAUUCUGAUUCGGAAACAUUUUGACUCUGGACUUCAGAAGCUUUCACUUAAUCACUUAUAUUAGGUGGAGAAGGCGGGGCAGGAAGAAUUUUGAUUCCCCAAAUUAUGUUGUAUCAGAAUAUCAUUAUGGACCCAAGCUUUGAGAAAAUAGAAGAGUUUAGUAAAAUGUUCAAUGAACCCUUAGGAGAGGACUUGGAUUUUAAUGGAAAACAUUCUCACAAAAUGUGCCCUGACUUUGAUUUGUGUCAUGUUUUCUUUCUAUCUAAAGUAUUACUGUGAAAGUCUACCUCUCAUCUUAAGUAGGGAAUUUUUUAAAAAUGCAUUUUCUUAUUUUUUUCUUUUUAAAUAAUGCAACAGAGAAUGGGGCUGUUAUAUCAGGAUUUUAUUUUUUAUUAUGUUCUUGCUGUACAAUUGAUUCUCAGAAGCUUAUCCAUGUGGCUUUCUUGUACACCAUGGGGAAGUUUAGCCUCAAAUUUCUCCUCACUCUGAUGUUUACUUCCUCAUUACAAGCCAAAGGUAAAGUUCUCUUUCAGAGAGAUUGCCUGGAUUAUUGUUGCAAGGAGAAUUUAAUCAUUUCCAUGUAUUCUCUCUGCCUCUCUAUCUCUGUUGGUCUCUCUCUCUGUCUCUUAUCUCUGUUUCUCCCUUUUUCUGCCUGUCUACAACAGAUAAAUAUUGAUCUAAAUUUUUAUCUUAUUUUGUAAUGUGUAAUACAGAUAUGACAUGCACUCGAUUUCAUGAUGGAUCAUUAAGAAUUUUCACCUGGUCCGUUCAACUCUAACCUACCCUAGAAAAUUUAGCUGAUAAUUACAUGGUCCACAAAUUUGAUAGCAAUCUGCUGGUUUCAAAUGCAAAGCUAUUUUAAAAAUAAUUCUUCCUCAAUUAAAUCAGAAUACUUCCUUUUUAAAAAACAAAUUAACCUCUAGGUUAUAAAAAAUAUUUUUACACUAUCUUAAGAAUAGUCUCUGUUCAAGAGUAACACAAAAGUAGAAACAAUGUAAAUCCCAAAGUGAACAUAGGCACAAAAUGGGAAGUAGUAACAUGAGACUUGGGGUAGAGGAGGCAAAAAGACAAUUAGCAUUUACUCUAUAAGUGGGAUCAACAUUGUGAAUACUGUAUCUGCUCCUUCUGCCAAAGCUUCUAGGUCAAAUGGACCCCGUUCCUCACCUGGGACAGAUGUUCAAAAAGAAGAAUGAGACUCUUUAAAAAUAUAUAUGUAUAUAUAUUUUCAUAUAUAUAUAUAUGUGCGCAUAUAUAUAUAUAUAUGUAUCGUCAACCAGCUAAACACGAGGACCAAAAUGCUUCAAUGUCUAAAAUGGAAGAUAAAUUUUUUUUUCCUUCAAAAUGGAAGCGAGAAAUGAUGUAGCUUUUCUAAAGAGUUAAAAUGUAAACUUUUUGAGUCUUGGUUGUAUUUUACAUUUCUUAUGGCACAGAUUUAUAGUUGACAGCUUAACAUUUGUAACUGAUGAUGUGUUGACCACAAUUUAUUUUUUUGCCAAACCAGAGAAAAUGUUCAUAUAUACUUUUGAUGUAAAUGUGUUUAUAUUUAUUUGAAGUGAAGCAAAAAGCCCAGGAAUUUUCUCUGUGAUUAUGUUUUAAUUGUUAUGUGUCUUAUCUGACCUAACAAAGAAAAAAAAGGCAAAAAAAAUUUUUGACUCUGGACUAGCCAGAAUGCCUAGGGUCUAUACCUAGCAUGUCUAUUGUUAAUGUUUCCUGGCUAACCUCAGGUUCUUCCAUAUCUGUUAGGGGGGAUACAGAAUGCAGAGUCAUUCCCUUACUCACACCCCCUCACUGUAGCUUUCAGGGCAUUACCGUCUCUCAAUAAGGAAGGCCAGACUCCAGGUGGGUAUACUCUAGACACAGUUCUCAAGAGAUGAGAAUAGAAAUGGAUAGUGGUAUGUGUCAAAGUGACCCAGAAGGGAAAGGUUCAAAAAUGAUCUUAUUAAUCAUAAGAUUACCCAUAGUCCCAAUAAAAGGAUCCUAGUAGGAAAGCUAUGACUUGGGCUGCUGGCUCAUGCUCUCUGAGAGAAGUUAAAAUCACUAAUCCACAUGCUUAGUUUUCCACUCGAGCCAAGAAAAAAGAAAGAAAUAUAUUUCAUGAGGGGUUGUACCCCUGAUAUUUCUCUCUUUUUCUAGUUUAGCCCUGGAAAUUUCUAUUUUAUAAUAAUCAGGAGAAUUUUUUAAAACAGUGUUCUAUGAGAUCUGAGUAAACUACAGAUACUAUAUUGUGCUUUUCAAUAACUGUAAAAUAUCUUAAUCUUUUAGCAUCUUGGGGGAGUUAAAAAAUUCGAACUUAUUUUACUCAUCAUGAAUGAGAGCUUGCUCCAAGAACUUGUAGAAUUGGUAUUAAUUUCAUUGACAAAGUUCAAUGACACUUUUCUAGAAUUCUGGGGAAAGGGAAGUGUUUUCUCCCUUCUCCUCCUUAAUGUUAGUACUGUAUUCCUUUUUUUGAGAAUGAUUUAAAAAAGUUGCUAACUAGCAAUAACUACCUUAUCUUUAUUAAAGCACUGAAAAUAAGGGGGAACUAGCUUUGUAGGAGAGCUGUAUACUGUGGUGUCUUUUUCUAGAAGUGACUGGAAAUCUCACUAAGAUGGUUUGGAAAGAAAGGAAGUAACCUUUCAAGCAGGAAAUGAAAUGUCUUCUUUUAGAAGACUAGUGUUGAAUUUUUCUGUAGAAGAGCAGAGAGAACAGGUAAUAUUAAAGCAAAACACAGUGAUUCAACCUAGUCUCAGUGGAACUGUUUUUUACAUCUAUUCUGUUAAAUUGUAAGAAGGACAAAGUAAUAAAAUUGAAAUAUGCUUACCAGGAACUGACCAUUAAAUUUAUUUUUUUCCCUUUUCUUAAAUUGUUUUUGGUGACUACAAAAUUUGCUUUAUUUAGGACAUAAGUAAAGACUGCAUUUGAUUUUUGUAUCUUCUAAAUCUACUGCUAGAAAGAAAAUCAUAUUUUGAAUAAGGCUCACUAAGAAAAAAGUUUUUUAAAAUAAAAUUUCAAAUUCCUACAUCAUGGUGUUUAUUGCUCUUACUUUUUUUAAGACUAUUUUAACCAGAAACAUGGAGAUUUUUUGCAUUGCACAUAACUCUUCUUGUUCACCAGUGUCUGCCUAUCUUCGGUAAUACGUUACUAUCUCCAAAUUGCCUAAAAUCUGUUCUGAUUCUACAGUAAAUAGCUCAGGGGAUUUCUAUUUAUCACUACUAAAAGGGCACCAUAGUAUGUUUGGUACUUUAUGCAGUAAACAGCUGCUUGAAUUGUUAUUUUAUUAUUAAACUAGAACAAGAACAUCAAAUGAAUUGCUGCAGUAGUUAUCUUUUGUACUGUUAAGAAACUUGGUUAGCUCUCUGUUGGUUUGGUUUAAGAAUUUGCGUCUUUUUUGGUCUUGUAAUAUGAAGUUAGAGUGCCUUUUUAUAUUUGUGUAAUCUGAAAAUGUUUUGUGAAAUUUAUCAUAUUUUUUCCAUUUGAGUGUUAUCAAAGCAAUAUAAUAUCAGCCAGUUUUUAUUUCAAACUUUCUUUGAAUGUAUAAAGUCUUUUCCCCCAUUCCCUUUCACUUGCUUUGAAUUUAAAAUGAAUAUACUAAAUUUCCAUAGAAAUGAUGUAUGACUUUUUUUUUUGCAGUUCUAAAAAUGCUUUCUUCUUACAGAAACUAUAAACCAUAGAUCAGUGUUAGAGGGAAAAAGCAUUUUAAAAUAGUGACAAUCUGAGCAAUGUAAUUGUAAAUGUAAUUCUAUGCGUUUCUUAUGCAGUGAUCUAAAUAUUCAAAUCAAAUAUCUUAUGUUUGGUAGUUUUGUCAACAUAUUUUAUGCUUUAGCAUGUGCAAUAUAUCUUUACAAAGCACGAUGAUACUUAUCUGGUGCCAGUGUUAUAUUUUGCAUAACAUAUUUGUAACGGCAAAAAUUAUUGGUUGAUAGUUUCAGUGGGAAUUUGUCUGUAAUGUUUUAUUAUGUAAAUUGGAGUUGAAUGACUUCAGUAAAUGUCAUAACUGUAAAAAUGAGGGAAAAAACUUAAUUCAUUGAGUGACUGAUCCAAUCUGAAUCUUCUCAAGCACAGUUUAAUAUCUUUUUCAACUACUGAAUGCUCUAUUAAUGUAAUGAAAUACAUAACUGUAAACUAUUGAAAUGCAUUCAGAUGGUUAUUUUUACAAAUAAAAACGGUACAAAUAUUGUUGUGA